CCGCUCGCCGCCUGCUCCCUCGGGGCCCUCGCGCCCUCGCCAGUCGCUGCCUCGCCUCCAGCAGCAAGAGCAGCAGUAGCAGCAUGCAGAUCCUCGAGUCCGUCGACGCCUUCCGCCAGGCGCGACGCGCGCUGCCGCCCAACGCCACGCUGGGACUCGUGCCCACCAUGGGGGGCCUGCACGCCGGCCACAUGUCGUUGGUGCAGGAGGCCAAGCGCUCGUGCGACUUCGUGGCCUCCAGCAUCUUCGUGAACCCGGCGCAGUUCGGCCCUAACGAGGACUACUCCAAGUACCCGCGCACGUUCGAGAAGGACGUGGCGCUGCUGCAGCAGCAGGGCGUGGACCUCGUCUUCUUCCCGUCCGCGAACGAGAUGUACUCGCCGCACCACCGCUGCUACGUGGAUCCGGAGGGCUUCGACGACCUCGUGGAGGGCCAGUGCCGCGAGGGCCACUUCCGCGGCGUCGCGACGGUCGUCUCCAAGCUCUUCAACAUCGUGCAGCCCACGCACGCCUUCUUCGGGCAGAAGGACGCGGCCCAGGUCGUGCUCAUCAAGCGCAUGGUGUCGGACUUGAACAUCCCCGUGGAGAUCAACGUCGUGCCCAUUGUGCGCGAAGCGGACGGCCUCGCGCUGUCGACGCGCAACCAGUACUUGUCGCCGGUGGAGCGCGAGGCUGCAGCUGUGCUGCAUCGCGGACUUGCACACGCCCAAGAUCUGUUCCAGCAGGCCAAGCAGAACGGCAAGACGACGGUGGAUGCGGCUGCUCUGCGUGACGUCGUUCGCAACGAGUACGAGCGUGAACCUCUUGUUACCGCCAUCGACUACAUCUCGGUGGGAUCGAAGGAGACGAUGCAGGAGGUGGCCGAGGUUGAUACGACCAAGGGUGUCAUCAUCUCCGUGGCCGUCAAACUCGGUCAGUGCCGCCUGAUCGACAACAUCGUGCUGUAG